AUGACCAAGCCGAUAAUACCGCCUCACGAUCCAGUGGACACGGCCGCCCUGGACGCGCAGGUGCGGGAGAGGCGCGAGGCAGAGGAGCGGGAGCGGCAGGCGGCGCGCGUCGCCGCACAGGCCAGCAACUCGUUUGAGACGGCGGUGGUGCUGCGCGCGGCGGCGGCCAGCCAGGCACGGCGUGCUCAGGACCAGGGCGUGGAUGCCUUCCGUCAACAGCAGGAGGUUGAGAGGCGGCAGCGGGAGGGGCAGCAACGGAUGGAGGAGGAGGCGGCUGCGGCCGCUGAGCAGGCGGCCAACCUGGCCAGCCCCUGGCUCAACGAGGCGCCUGAGCUGGGCGUGUCGGCGCUGGCGCCCCACCGAGUGCGGCCAGACCACUUCAAGGCCUUUGCCCCGCACCAGACCGCCGCCAUCCACGCCACACAGGCAGAGCAGGUGGAGGCCAAGCGCGCCGCCGCGCAGUGCGCCGCGGCAGAGCAGGCAGCUUACGAGGCGCAGGCGGCGGCGGCCGCCGCCGAAGUGGAGCGCCGCGCCGCGGCGGCCGAGGAUGCGAGGCGGCGCCAGGCUGGGGAGCUGGCGGCUGUGCAGCAGCGGCAGGCGGCGCAGGCGCGGCAGCGCGAGGCGCAGCUGGCGGCACUGCUGAACAGCCAGCAGCCCACGCCUGCCUACUUUGCUCAGUGGGGCACCUCGCACCGCUGA